AUGGAUCAAGAGCCCGGAAGAUGCGCGGGCUGCGCGCGAGCGCGUCGAGGGCUGAGGGUUGGGUAUGGCGUUAAGGUGCCGCGCGGGCCGCGGGGCGGUGCUUUCCGGAAAGUCGAGGCGGAGGCGGGGCCCGCGCGCACGCUGGGGCGGAACCCGCACUGCGACCGAUCUCGACCUGGCCAGACUUCUCCACCUGCUCCACCGGUGCAAUGGGUCUGGCACGUGUUCCUCACGGCUCUCCCAGGAGUUGGGAAAACAACAUUGAUCCAGAAAGCCAGUGAGGUUUUAAAAUCCUCUGGUGUGCCUAUUGAUGGAUUUUACACAGAAGAAGUCAGACAGGCAGGGAGAAGAAUAGGAUUCGACGUUGUCACCUUAUCCGGCACGCGGGGAGUUUUGUCUAGAAUUGGCUCAGAGCCUCCACCUGGAAAACGCGAGUGCCGAGUUGGGCAGUAUGUGGUGGAUCUGACUUCCUUCGAGCAGUUGGCACUUCCGGUCUUGAGGAACGCAGGUCCCGGCAGCGGCCCGGGGCAGAGAGUGUGUGUCAUCGAUGAGAUUGGGAAAAUGGAGCUCUUCAGUCAGCCUUUCAUCCAGGCUGUCCGCCAGACGCUGUCCACGCCGGGGACCGUAGUCCUGGGCACAAUCCCGGUGCCUAAAGGGAAGCCGCUGGCCCUCGUGGAAGAGAUAAGAAACAGGAACGACGUUCAGGUGUUCAGUAUGCUGUCUUGCGCCGUGCCACCUUUGUGUCGGCGAGAGCCGCGUCUCCGCCGGGCUCUGCCCGUCACCAAGGAGAAUAGGAACCGCCUUCUGCCAGAUAUCGUGACGUGUGUGCAGAGCGGCAGGCAGUGAAGACAGCUCGCGUCCCUGCUUCGUGCGCUUGAAGAGAUCCAGAGUGGGGACGAGGGCAUCUCUGUCCCGCUGCCCAGGCCCGAAGGAGGGCCACACGCAGGUGUGGUCUGUGCACCUCCGUGUGUCCGGAUGGCCACGCCACUGACUCAAGCAGCAGAGGCUUCCUCAAUCCCCAGGAGCCUGGCCGCUGCCUCAGACCUACUCGCCAAUGCCCACAGUCCUGAAUCCCGCAACGGCCUCAGGUAAACUGAGAAAGGGAACAGGCUGGGGAAGCGUCACCUACGUGCCCCUGAAGACGGACCCCGCACAGGCCUGGUGCAGCCGGUCCUCCCUGGCCAGAGGGAGCCCAUCACAUGGAGCCUUUACUGGCCCUGCAGGAGGGGCCUGUCUGUCAAAGUGCGAAGGGACGUUCUCCUCUCUGCUGCUUGUCCUGAGUUCUGUGUUUUCAGUCAUGACUAUAUAGUACACUGAUUGUGUCUGAGAAGGAAAGCUAGUGAAAUUUCUCGCAAGAAGGUAAAAUCGCUAGUUUGUGGGCACUGAGAGCUGAAACCAGGUGGGCUGUGGAGGGUGGGUGAAACAGGGUCCUCGGAGGUACCCAGUGUGCAGAACAGAUUCGGGACGGCCCCCAACACGUAGAGGGGAUGCGAGCUUCUGCGUGCUUCCUCUUUAAUGGUAAAGAAACCUGCCUUUAGUGGCAGAU